GACCAAAUGAAUCACGCCGAGUGUCUGAAGACCAGGAAAGCCAAGGCGGCCGCGGCCAAAGCUGCGAUGGCGAAAGCCAAAAACGCCCCCGCCUCGGAGUCCAACUCCUCGGCCUCUGAUGCUGCCAGACGAACUGCCGAGGGUGAGCAGCAUUUAAUCGCCACCAUGCUGGCCCAGGGUUCCGGGGCCCCUGCUCUCGAAGCCGCCCUUCCGCCGCCGGUCGUCUCCAUGAAGACGGCUCCUCAGAAGGGGAUAGAGAAGGUCCCCGAGAAGAAACAGAAGCGGGGCCGCGAGGCAGGCUCCACCGGCCCCCUGCUUGAAGAUGCCGGGUCCCUGCCUUUGAGCCGCCCGGCGGAAGAACUUUGGAGGGAGAUGGCCCUCAAGGCCGGUCUCGAGCUGCCCCGCCGUUCGUCGUCUGAGGCGACAAGCGCUGCCCUGGCAGCCGCUCUUCAGUCUGGGCUUCUAGUCCUUCAGGCUGAAGCUGCCAGGGAGGCCGAUCUGAAGGAGGCCAAAGCUAAAGCUGAUGCGGCCAUCGCUGCGGCUCGAGAGGCCGCUCGCCGAGCUGAGGCGGAGGCUGCGGCCAAGGGGAAGGAGAUCGCCGCCCUGCGGGCAGAAUCCCGCCAGCAGCUGGUCAGCCUUGAGAAAGCUGGCUUCAAGCUUGUCCCGGUGCACCCUGUCGCGAAGGAUGCGAGUCCGGAGUGGCUGGUUGAUACCUCCGGCUACCGGAACACUGGGGAGUUCAUGGACUCUGCCAAAGACUAUUGUGCCGGAGUCUUCGCCGACUUGUUUGCCGCGGCUCUGGAGAAGAUACCGCCCCGCCAGCGUCUGGCCCGCGGCGUCCGGCUACUUGAGGGUUCUCCUCUGUCCCGCAAGUUCCUGUACGAGGUCGGCGACAGCACCUUCUCAGCCGGGUAUAACGAAGGGGUUAAGGCCACCCUCCCCAUCUUUUCGAGGCUGCAGGGGCCUGACUUUGAGCUUGCUGCAAAUACGGACGACGAUCUGCUGCUCCAGGCCCUGGGGAAGUUGGGGAGAGACCAACGGCGGGAGGAAGCCAAGGCUAGAGGGGAAAUGCCGGAACCCCCGUCCCCCGAGCCCGAAGAAGAGGAGGAGGAGCUGAACCAGGGUGGCAGCCGACCGGAAUCCCCUUUCUUUGUAUAAUGUAGUUUGUAUUUUCUUAUUCAUGCUCUUGUAAUGUCCGGCCAUUAGAGCCGAAGAAUAUAUAUCUUUUUGCCCAUAAUUGCUCCAUGUUCAUGGUUUCCACUUGUUAUUUUCCUUCCUUUUGUCCUUCGUUGUAUGGAAAACCCCUUCGGCGGCCCGACACGCCUUGUAGCAAGGUCAGAGUCCGAGAGGACGUUCGUAUCUGUCCCCUACUUGCUUCCAGGCAAAAGCGUCCCGAAGUCAAACCUCCGUACGUACUCAAAGUGUUCUGAUAAUGGGGCGACGCUCGUCGGCGGUUUAUGGUGCAUGCUCGAAGUGUAGACAUAGGAACGUAUUUCUCAGCACCAGCACUUGAUAACGAUGUCCGUCCGUCGUCGCGUGGUAUGAACAUUCAAACCAUGCGCGGGACGUUCGUCUGUUCUGCGUGUUCAUCUGGUAUGAAGUGUGGAAAGGCGACGUUCAUCCUCCGUGCACCGCUAAUGGACGUGAUUUUUCCUUCAUCCUUUUUGUGUCCAUUAUUUGUAGUAUAAGGAAUCCUUCCGGCGCCUUGACACAUCUUUACCGCCCACGCGGUAUCUUGACAAUGGGAAGACGUUCGUCGGUAGCUGUUUUGUCAGUAUGCAUCUUGAGUAUGGACAUAUGGGCGUAUUUCACUGAAAUAGCGCUUGGUGACGACGUUCGUCUACAGUUGCGUUACGUGAAAACUGGAGUACCGCAAGACGGACGUAGCCGGUUGAUGCGUGUGCCCUCAUCAGCCGCCGACACUAGGGUCAGCCGGGGGACUAAGGAAGCAAUGGAAGGCGAAUGUCUUCAAAUUCCUCCGAGCCGGUGAGCCCUCCUCAAGGGACGUCUGUGGCACGGACCCGGAUGUCUUUGUGGUGGUUAUGCGGCGACAAAAUCGAGACGCCUUAAAUACCGUGGUAGGUACCGGUACCCAGGUGUCACGUGUCCCGCUUCGGUUGGGGCAAUUCUGCGGUGUUGCCUAUAAAUACCCAGGGUCCAAGUGAUCCACUCACAUUUCUCCUUACGCUGCCCAAUUGUUUUCUCUCUCUAGAUUUCUCAAGUACCAAGAUCGGAAAUCUCGAACCCCA